AUGCCCGACAAUGCUCAACGUCCGCGCCCGCCGCCAAAUAGACGUAGAGACAAAGUCCAGCUCUCCUGCGAUGCAUGCAGAUUGCGGAAGCUGAGGUGCGACCGGCAGCACCCAUGCGGAGGUUGCUCAAGGCGAGGCCUCGCCAGCUCCUGCAAUUAUGCGACGUCUUCCUCCGUGCCCGAUGCUCAGCGGGGCGUUUCUCUGCGACAGUCUGCCAGCCUCCAGGGCAGAAUCUCCGAGCUGGAGAACCUUGUCGUGACGCUCAUGGGAGGCCAGUCUAUCCCACCUCUCCCAACUCCACCCGUACCGAAAUCGCCGAGACCUAGUCCGCCAUCAGCCGCGAAUAGGCUCCCUGAACUCCAGCAACCAAAUGGGCCUCAGGAUGAACCUCCAUCCGCGGUGGACCCGGGGACUCUAAAGUUGCGCGAAUCUGGAACUAGCUAUGUCCAGAGUACCCACUGGGAAGCCAUUCUUACCAAAAUCAGAGGACUGAAGGAAGAUCUGGUCACCGAUAGCAAGAAUCCACCCGGAUCACACUUGUUCUAUGGCCCUAACCGCCAUGCAACUCUCGAUGAAAUAUUGGCUGCUGUUCCUGCUCGUCCAGUUGUCGACCGCCUUAUGACCCUUCACUUUGAUUCCUACAUUAUCACUCCGUAUCUCAUUCAUCGCAAUAAGUUUCUCCGAGAGUACGAAAAUUUCUGGAAAGAUCCGGCUGCAACUUCUAUCGCUUGGAUCGGUCUCAUGUUCUCCAUGUUAUAUAUUGCUGCGCAGUUGCAGUACUUCGCCAUAGACUCUACCGACGAACGGGGUGAAUCACUCAAGGCGGAAUGUCUUACCAUGAAGAAUGCUUUUCGGGAGAAAGCCGUUCAGUGUCUUGUUUUGGCCAGGUAUACAACUGGCGGACCAUAUAUCCUGGAGACCCUCGUGACGAUCCUUACUGGAGAAUUCGUCCUUAUGAAAGAGAGCGCUACCGAUGGAUGGCUUUUGGUCGGUAUGAUUCUUCACCUUGCAAUUCGCAUGGGGUAUCACCGGGACCCAGAUCACUUUCCGGGAAUAUCUCCAUUCGAGGGAGAGAUACGUAGACGCAUCUGGACUACAGUCCUUCAGUUAGAUCUCGUCAUCUCCUUGGAAUUGGGUCUUCCUCGAAAUGCAAAAGACACUCACUUCGAUACCAAAGAAGCCCGUAAUUUCCACGACUGCGAUUUUGAGGAGAACAUGACCGAGCUGCCGUCACCGAGGCCAGAAACAGAGUGGACGUCGGUUCUCCCACUCAUAGCACGAGGACGACUAAUAUCAGCUCUGGGGAUGAUUUGCGACGUCAACACCGACGUGAAUUCCACUCCUCCCGAGGAGCUCACUAAGAUCGACGCAAUUCUUGAAGACGUGCAUAAUCAUGCCAUUCCACCUGUAUUGCGCUGGGGUGCUAUGCCACACCCCAUCACGGAUAGCCCAAGCAUUGUGGUACAGCGCAUAAGCCUGGAAACAACCUACCACAAGUCACGCAUCCUUCUAUACCGGAGAUCUUUGAUCACUUAUCCAGAUUUACGGCCUCAGGAACGGGACAGAGAGUCGGUACGGGUUUGCUUAGAUUCCGCACUCAAGAUUCUAUCGUUUCAACAGAUGUUGCACGAAGAGUCUCAGGCAUUUGGUCGUUUGUCUCAGCUUAGAUGGAAGGUAGCCCGUAUCUUCAACCAGGAUGUUCUGCUUGCGACGAGCGUGCUCUGUCUUUACCUCCAGGAUGUCGAUAAAUUUGAAUCGUUCGAUGCUAGGGGGGCAGGCAGCCUGGUCCCCCAGGGCCGAAGCGAUUCGACAACAACUGACUAUCUCGCACAAGAUUUGGUCUCAAAUGAGCACAGCAUCUGCGGAAGCUGGGAAGGUAGCGAAAGCUCUGAGUAUCGUCCUUGGGAAUACAGGAGUGUCUACCGAGGAUGUUAG